AUGGAGUACGUGGAGGAGUUGUACGCAAUGCUGCGGCUGAAGUGGAUGAUGCGGCAGCUUGAGCGGAGGUUCCCGCGCGAGGACGAUGACUUCCGCUUCUGCUACGAAAUACUGCAGUCGGUCUCACGUUCCUUUGCGCUCGUCAUCAUGCGGCUCGACGAGGAGCUUCGGGACGCCGUGUGCAUCUUCUACCUCGUCCUCCGCGCCCUCGACACGGUGGAGGACGACAUGAGCCUCUCCGUCGAGUUUAAGCUGCGAGAGCUGCCGAAGUUUCACGAGCACCUGCGCGACAGGGCGUGGUGCAUGACGGGCGUUGGCGCGGGCCGCGAGCGCGAGCUGCUUGAGCGCUACACCCACGUCACGGGCGCCUACGCAAGCCUGGCCAAGGCUUACCAGGACGUCAUCUCGGACAUCUGCGAGCGGAUGGCAAACGGAAUGUGCGACUUCCUCGCGCGCAAGGUGGAGACAAGGGCGGACUACGACCUCUACUGCCACUACGUCGCCGGGCUUGUGGGCCACGGCCUCACACGGCUCUUCGUCUCGAGUGGGCUGGAGGAUCUGCGGCUGGCCGACGAUCUUACGAAGGCGAACCACAUGGGCCUCUUCCUGCAGAAGACGAACAUCAUCCGUGACUUUUACGAGGACAUCCGCGAAGUUCCGCCGCGCGUCUUCUGGCCCCGCGAGAUCUGGGGGCAGUACACCGACGACCUUCACGCCUUUACGGACGAGCCGCACGAGGCGAAGGCCGUGGAGUGCCUCAAUGCGAUGGUGGCGGAUGCCCUGGUGCACGUGCCGCACGUCGUUGAGUACAUCGCGUCCCUGCGGGACCCAUCGCUGUUUGCCUUCUGCGCCAUUCCGCAGGUGAUGGCGAUGGCCACCCUCGCGCUGGUCUUCAACAACAGGGACGCCUUCCACACAAAAGUGAAGGUCAGCCGCGGCACCACGGCCCGCAUUUUUCACUACUCCACUCGGCUGCAGCCGACGCUGCAGAUGCUGAAGACCUACGCGCUUCGCCUCGCCGCCCGCGCGGCCCCCGAGGACGCCUGCCACGACACGAUUGUCGGGCUUGUGGAGGACGCGGUGCGCGCCAUUGAGGCGUGCCAGGCGGCCAAAGAGGAGAGUCUGACGCGCUCGCUCCUGACCCGCUACCCCGCGCUCGGGGGCCGCCUGCUGUACAACCUCGUCGACAACGUUGUCGGCUACCUCGGCAAGUAG